GUCGUAUGAUCUAAUGGUCGGUGUCGAUCCGGGGUAUAAACUUUACAUCGCGGCGCUAAUCAAGGAUACACGAACGAAUACGGAGAAGCACAUCAAAAUCUCGUCGAAGAGCUUUUAUUCGAUGACUCGCCAAAAUUACCGUGACAAGAAGAGCAAGAAAUGGACGGCUGAAUACGAAACUGCAGCGAAAUUGGAUCGAGAAGAUGUCAAUGUGUACGACGAAUAUCCGUCAUCACUCACUCCACAAUAUAUGAAUUACAUCAGUCACUGCAUGAAGUUUUUCCAUCGAGGCCAUGAAAUAUACACUACGAGAAAAUACAGCCGUUUGCAGCUCGAUCAAUAUAUAAGGACGCAGCAGUCAAUGGAUUCCAUCGUUCACACAUUGACCGACAAUGUUGGAAAUGGUCGUAUACUCGUUUGCAUCGAAGGGAAGCCGUUCAACCCAUCAAGUCCAAUUAGAAAAUAUCGAAGGUGCCCCGGCAUACGUAAACUGUUCCAAUGCCUGAAAAAAGUACCAGUUUGCGAUGUUAUGUUUGUGGAUGAGUACAAUACUUCGAAAGCUUGCGGAUGUUGUUACCGUAGUUUCGAUCAGCCGAAACACAAACAUUGGGACACAAGAAAAAUUCGCCAUCGAGUGUGUGACGAUUGCCAUCCGGAUGCUGAAAUUAUCAGUCUGCCGAACACAAUUAUAGCACCAAAGUCUCAACGUCAACUGCAAACAGAGAAACGAGAAGUGCGCCAUUUGAUAUAUCAAGACAAUCCGUCCAUCUCCUGGAACGAAUCAGCGCAGUUGGCCAACUUAAAGUUCGCAUUUCUACCCGAACAUAAAAAACACAAUCAAUUCCAGAAGGUUCCAUUCAAUCCAGCAAUUCACAAGGCCGUACAAAAAACGGUUUGGAAUCGAGACAUAUCGGCGGCGCGAAACAUGAUUGUCAAGGGAGUUUGUGCACUUAGCAAUAUCGCGACACCUGCAUCAUUGACCCGAGCCACCACUGCAACAGUUGCUGACAGUGACACGAGCGAUGAAGACUAUUAGCCACAUCACGCAAAUCCCAACAAAAUCAUCGAAUCCA